UCUGCUGUCCUUACGUGAUCACGAGAUUUUUCUCGUUUCUUUCUUUCGGGAUCAGGCAAGGAAGUAUUUCGGACUCUCAGGUGCCCCUCGUCUCUCUGUUGCGAUAGGGUUGUUUUGCUCUCUCAUCCCUCUACGUCCCCGCUAUCCAGCCAUGGCCAAUUAAUGCUGCGGAUGAAUUCAUAACCUACAAUCAAAGGGCACCCGCUCUGCCUGGCAGACGGUCCUGCUUGGAGCUGCUCACCGUUCACAAUACCUUUCGCUUGAUUUUACGUGCUGCGCCCAUCCGCCUUUCGACCUCCCUCCCCUCGGGUCCGCUUUUCGGUAUUCCGGUCGGCGUUGCCUGUUCAGCAUGGCGGGCAAUGGCACAGACGAUGUCCAAUAUCUUGCUCCUCCGGCCGUGACUGCCUUGCGGCAGGAAGCCCGGAGUGUCGAUCCGAGAUUCUCUCCCUCUCGCUCCUCCAGCGUCGAUAACAUGCGAGAGGAGCGCGAAGACCUGAAGGAGGCGGCGGAGCAGACCUUGAACGUCAUUGUGGAUCUGGACCUCGAUGGUCGUGUUAAAUGGGUGAGUCCGUCAUGGAAACAGGUCGUGGGGACAUCUCCGGAGUCAAUAGAGGGGCAGAUGAUAUCGGAGAUCGUGGUCGGUAACCAGAAUGUCUUCCACGAUGCGAUAGAGAGUAUGAAGGAAGAUGACUCCCGCAGUCGCUUCAUUCGCUUUGCCGUCCAGAUGGGCCCCGAAUCGGUCCUGAAGUACUCGCCCGAGCCACGACCUGCUGCGGAGAUGGAGGAAGAGACUACUGGAAUAGCGGAGACUGCGGAAUCCCAGGAAGACUUGCCAGAGAAGGAGAACCGACAUCAUGAUGUCCUACAUCUGGAAGGACAAGGAAUCAUGGUCUUUGACCGUACCGCCGAUGGGGUUGGGCAUACCAUGUGGAUGUUGCGACCGUUUACCGAACCCAGAGAAGUCACCAUUGACCUCCCUCCCUUGCUGGUAGAAUCUUUAGGCGUCGGAGCGGAAGUUUUAGCAAACUACUUGACAACUUUGGCGGAGGCCGCUGCCAGUGAACCCGAUCCUUCGAAACAUCCAGCCCCGAACCCGGUGCUGUGUCGCAUCUGCGAACGGCAGAUCACGCCCUGGUGGUUCGAAAAACAUUCAGACCUCUGUCUUCAGGAACAUCGAGCCGAGAUGGACGUGCAAAUAGCCCAGGAAAACCUCAAUGAGCACCGCCAUGCCAUCGUCAAGGUGCUGGAUGCCCUCGAGGCCAGGCAGAGCAGGCCAUUGGUGCUCGGGGAGACCAACCCCCCCCCAGUUACCCAGCCGGAAUACAAAGGACUGCCUAUUGGACCGUCUCCAGCUGCCUCAGCGCCAUCCUCGGGUUCGGUAUCCAGCUCAAACUCGGCUCCUGGCACGCCACCUAGAUCGAGAGACCAUUCAGCUUCGGGCAUCGGACAUGCUCGCGCCCGGUCUUUCGCAGUGCGGCGUCCGUUGGCUCGUGUCGUUGAGUUGAUCCUCGAUCUCUGCGAUACCGCCUUGGAAAUUAACAUGCCUAUGAUCAAGGAGACCCGUGCGGAUAAUGGGGAUGACUUCCGGACCUUAUCACCGCAGUCGGAAUCUCGUAUCUCUCAGGUCCUCCAGUGGCAGUCGCCCAGUUCUAAUACACUGGAGCAGGAGCAAGGUCUCGCGGCCCUGUGUACAGAUACCGAACAAGUGGCCAAGGCAAAAGUCGAUGCCGUUAUUCGUCAUAGAAGAAUCGUCGAGUAUGCGGAGCGGAUUCGGAUUGAAUACACAAUUCUGGUGGAGGAGUGUAUCACUGCAGCUCUGAGCAAGGCCGAGCGAAUUGCGGCCGGCCAGCUAAGCGACUCUAGCGCUUCAGAUGAUGAUUCUCCCCCAGAACCCGACCCCGCUGUGGUUGCACAUAGUCCGAUAAUACACGGGAAGCGAGAAUCGGCACCUCCGCCUCCAAUGUCCGCUCUCACGAUGUCGAUGCGCAAUUCGCCCGAUCGGUUCCAUUCAGGCCAUUCUUCCGAAGGCAAAGCCUCAGUUGCCGUGUCCACCGGAUCGAACAGCCCGAUGGAGUGUCCUACACCCCGUUCACAUAAGAGUAUUGCUGGAGUGCUCGGCACUUCGCAGCCUUCUAGGCGCGGCAUCUCCAUGCUCGAUUUUGACGCGGGGGAUAACAGUGAUAGCAGUGCUCCUUCGUCUGCUUUCCCCAAUGCCGUGCGAACCGAUUCACCCUCCUCCGAUCGCAGUAUGGACAGAAAACGCAGGAGUCUGGUGCUUCCUGGGCUGUCUAGCUCACCCCGACGGCAACAUUCUCCGGCUCGCAUAUCGGGCCCCCAUUCUCCGUUGCGAAUGCCCCGGGCACGUCUCUCGAGCGGCGCCGAUAGCUUACCGUCCCCCAUAGUCUCUCCCUCGUCAAAUGCAAUUGAACUGGCACAACUCCACUACCCUCAUCAUCGCCGUCAGUCGUCCGCAACGUCUUCUGAUCUCGUGAAACCGCCCGUCUCCCCCCAUCUGUCCUCCGCCAGCCAGCCCCAGCCGAGACCCGCGCCGCCGUCAAUCAAGGAUUUUGAGAUUAUCAAACCAAUCAGCAAAGGUGCCUUUGGGAGUGUUUACUUGGCAAAGAAAAAGGUGACCAGCGAGUACUUUGCGAUCAAGGUGUUGAAGAAGGCGGAUAUGGUCGCAAAGAAUCAGGUUACCAAUGUCAAGGCGGAGCGUGCAAUCAUGAUGUGGCAAGGGGAAAGCGAUUUUGUUGCUAAGCUCUACUGGACAUUCUCCAGCAAGGACUACCUCUACUUGGUAAUGGAAUAUCUCAACGGCGGAGAUUGCGCUUCGCUCGUCAAGGUUCUGGGGGGGUUGCCUGAGGACUGGGCUAAAAAGUACAUCGCGGAAGUAGUCCUCGGGGUGGAACAUCUCCAUGGCAGAGGGAUCGUCCACCGUGACCUCAAGCCAGACAACCUGCUUAUAGACCAGACGGGUCAUCUCAAGCUGACCGAUUUCGGUUUGUCUCGAAUGGGCCUGGUCGGGCGUCAAAAGCGCGUCUUGAAGAGUAUGAACGAACCGGCCCCGGACCUUCUGAAGCAAGGAUCCUUUCCUCGAGCAACGUCCAUCGCAUCCUCCAGAUCGGCGUCUUUCGAUUUCCAAGGCAGCGGGUCGCCGGGGUCCACUCCCCUGAUUACUCCCGACGUUGCUGGCAGCAUCCCCCAGCCGUCUUACUUCAACCUCAACCAGACCGGACUCAGUCGGCAGACUUCUCGUCGGGCAUCGGGCUACCGUAGCGAUAGCGGCGCUAGCGAGAGCCUGAACGCCAUGUUCCGCACCCUUGGUCUCCACGAGGGUGGUGAAAGUUCGGGUACGAUGCCUGUGCCCGUCCCUUCCUCGGGCGGCCAUCAUCAUUUGCCUGAAGAAGAAAGUCAGAGCGAGGCGGGCGAGUCUCCUCACUUAUACCCGCUUCAGCCAACCAUGAGCAACUCGUUUUCGUACAACACCCCGCCCCAACAGUCAAUGAUGCCACCUCUGAUGGCACUGUUCGAUCCCGACGACCAUAACCGGCGCUUUGUUGGCACUCCGGACUAUCUAGCCCCGGAGACCAUCAACGGAGUUGGCCAGGAUGAGAUGAGCGACUGGUGGUCUUUGGGCUGCAUCAUGUUUGAAUUUCUCUUUGGCUACCCACCUUUCAAUGCGGAGACUCCCGACGAGGUCUUUGACAAUAUACUUCACCGAAGGAUCAACUGGCCCGACGAACCCGACGAGCUGGCUUCCCCUGAAGCCCUUGAUCUCAUGAACAAGCUCAUGGCUAUGAACCCGCGCGAACGGAUCGGUGCCAAUGUUGAUGAGAGAUAUCCAAAUGGGGGAGCAGAAAUCCGCAGCCAUCCUUGGUUUUCAGAUGUCAACUGGGAUACCCUGCUGGAAGACAAGGCCCAAUUCGUGCCAAAUAUUGAGAACCCCGAGGAUACCGAGUAUUUUGACGCUCGUGGGGCCACACUUCAAGCCUUCACUGAAGAGCUUGAAGAUGCAAGUCCCCCGCCACAACCAUUAACCGUCGGGGCAUACCCUCAAGAUCGACCCCAUGAUGCUUUGUUCAAAGUUCGCUCGCAAGUGAAUUCAAUGAAGCGGCCGUUGAUGCCCCUGCACAUACCACCCCACGUCCGGGAGUCGCGCAGCAGAAGGCUGAGCGAACCGGCGAUGGCCGAUGAUUUUGGUAGCUUCUCAUUCAAAAACCUGCCCAUGCUCGAGAAGGCCAACAAGGAUGUCAUCCAAAAACUGCGCCAAGAAGCCAUGCAGGCGCAGCAACGCCAUGUUCCUCCCCAGGGCCCUCAGCAAGCAGGGCACGUGCAACCACAGGAGCCAGCUCCGUCUCAGCCCGCCCCCUCACUGGAAGGAAGCCCAUUGCCAAUGUCCUUGCAACGGACUUUGUCGCAGACCAAAGGCAGCAACCGCCCCUCGUCCCCCUCCAGCAUGAGUCAGGCGAAUUCGUCUCCCAGUCGUCCAUCGCAACCUUCGUCCCCUCUGCUCGUUCAAUUCAGCACCGGUCAAAACCACGAGCGCAGAAAGACGUCGGGAUCGUCUUCAAACAACUCCCAGUCUGCAGGAAACAGCCAACCCACUAGUGUCGACUCUGGUCGGAUGGCGAGUCUUAAGUUUGGCUCAGCAUCAUCGUCUCCUAUUAAACCUACUCGGGCUGCGGCUCACUCGCCUGACAAGACGCCUUCCGGACCGCGCCAUGGCAGUGCUCCUGCGUCACGAGCAAGAUCGCAGACUAUCGGUUCUCAGGAUGGGGAUCUCUCGUCAUCUCUAGCCAAGGAAUCAUACGUUGCAGGUCAUUACAAGCGUCGCAGCCAAUUGUUCGAUAUCUCACCUUCCUCGUCGGAUAAUGAGGACCCGCGUACUAAAGCCCUGCUCAAGGUGCAACGCCGCCGGCAAAGCUCAAGGCGUCUGUCUCAGAUCAAUUUCCCUGAAGGUCCCUUUUUCCGACCGCUGGACGUGCUAAUCUGCGAGGACCAUCCGGUGUCUCGGAUAGUGAUGGAACGUCUCUUUGAAAAGCUGCGGUGUCGAACUAUUACGGCCGUCAACGGAACCGAGGCGAUGCGUUACGCUUUGAGUGAAGUCCAGUUCGACAUUAUCAUGACGGAGUUCAAGCUCCCUCAAGUAACUGGAGCCGAUGUUGCACGUAUGGUGCGAGAAACGCGCAGUGCCAACCGGCAUACCCCGAUCAUUGCGGUCACCGGCUAUCUCAAGGACCUGCCCGAAACCCAUCAUUUUGACGCUCUCAUUGAAAAACCGCCCACCCUGACAAAGUUCACAGAGGCACUCUGUAAAUUCUGCCAGUGGAAGCCUCCCCCCAAGGACUACAAUCCUUCUCAGUCCAUCACUGUUCCGCCUACGAUACGCCAGAAUCCUGUGCAAGCCGAGCAUAGCCCAAGUUCAACAACAUCAUCCGGCUUUGCCCAUGUACCCUCCAGCUCCUACCGAGGGUCUAGUCGAGAAGAUUCCAUCGUCAGCAGCUACUUUGGCGAUAUAGAAUCGAUCAAACCCGAGGAAGGCCCGGUUAUUGUGAGCCAACACAACGACGAGCUGGAACAGGAUAAAGGUGGCCUCGGUAUAACCGAAGAUGCGCCGCCAGCUUCAGAACCGACCGAUGCCGGUUCCACCUCUGGCUCCGGCGCGGUGCCUUUCCCAAGUUUGCUCCACGCCACUUCUGCACCGGCCACCAUGUAUCAGCCUGGAGGCCUUACGCCUCGCAAACAGCGAUCUAGUGAAGCUAUCCGUGCCAAGAGAGAAUCGUUAGAACGCAAACGCUAUGAGUGUGCCGAGUCCGGCGAUGAUGAAGACGAAGAGCUCGGCAAUUCCCCGACGCGAACAAGCAGCCCACGGCAGAGGUCUCGUCGUCCUGGCUCCAAGCUGGGCAUAGAGAUGAUGAGAACCAAUAGCAGGGGCAGUGUGGUCAGUGGAAGCGAAGAGCUGCUCAAGAGAGAGCGAGAGUCGUUGGAGCGACGCACCAGUGGGGGUUCCAACCGCGUCAGUGAUGGUGGUGAGCAGCGCACCGACUCUCCCUCGCCGCCAAGUCCCAGCCUGGGCAGUGGGUUUGAUGAUCUUCAGAUUCCCGAAGAGGCCAUUGAGGGGUCGGUUGAAGGAUACAGUCCCAAGCAUUCCCCCGUCUUGGAGCUGGGCUUGAGCUCGGACUUCCCCGCAAUCUUCUCAGAACAACCCAGUUCACCCAACUUGGCAGAGACUUCAGCUACACCGGCCCUGGAGGCUAGCACUCAAACACCCAAAAUGGGACAUAUAACACCCCCGAUUGUCUUUUCCAGAGAAGAGGAUGUCGAUCACUCCGGCGAAGAUCCCGACACCCCAUGUGUCAAGAUGCCCGGUGACGAUUUGGUUGCCGAAUUUGGGGCUGAAGCCGAUAUUGACCACUACCUGGAUGCCGAUGCCACGCCUCGGCCGUUGCACACCCCGUCACCCCAUCCGUACCCGGAUGCUUUCCAUUGUCCAUCAGAGAGAUAGAAUUUGCUAUCUUAUCUUGAAAGAUAGACUUGUCACUGUCUUGCAGACUACUGUGAUUUGUGUUGGACAUCCUUGACCCUCGUGGUUGUUUGAAGCGGUUACCCGCCAUCCACGAUAUCUUCCUCCAUGCUUAUGACCUUGAUUUCUGUCAGAACACCUUCUCCUCUUUGUUGUAUCAUUGAUUUCAUUUGCUCUGCGCUUCAAGGCUAGCGGGUGUUUGGG